CUAGAUUACAAGUGCUGUGUGGACAUACUUGUUCUAAUUACGGUUCCUCCGUCAACUUCACGAGUUUCCCUGCAUGAAGACUUGUUGAGGAUAGUUGGUGGGUGCAAUUGAUUGCGUUGCAGGUCACUAGAGGGAAUUCUACCGUAGGGUUAGAAUAUUGACUUUGUCCCAGCGGCUGUGCAGCACGUGGCUUCCCUUUACUCACCGCUCUCUUUCCUUCGCUGUUGCUUGGAUCAUCGCAGCCUUACAUUACAAUUUUCUACCACAUUCAUGGUAUUUAGAGGUCCCUACUACUACUGGGGCUCGGGUGGUUGGUACCCGAACCUGCUGGGUCUGAGGUUGCCCACCCGCCCUCGCAGCUCACCUCGGCUCACUCUUGCACAGGUUGAGGCCGCUAUCGGGGCCGGGUUGCCCCUUCGGGGCUGCCGCCCGAAAAACUAUCUGCUCGCAAUCAAGCAAACAUUUUUCUCGUUCCCCUUGCUAAUACCGCUGCACAACAUCACACACAAAGUUGAUCAUCAGUGUUUAUCCUACACCUACCUUGCUGAUACUUAUCGGAAGUCGCACUUUCACGAUUACACAAUCGAAGGUUCAACCGCUGCAUGCUUGGUCCAAGUAUACGUUCGUCACAUCUCUCACUUUGCCGCGUGGGAGCAAAAUGAUCGUACUAUAACUUCCGCAUUCGCCCCUGUCUUUUCGUUGACUCGAAUUGAUCCAUCGAUCAUCAAGCUUGUCCCUCCGCGUGGGGAUCUGUAUAACUACUUCUAUCUCGAUUUCCAAUACGACAAUGAACUAUCAUUCCCUGGACUGGCUGUGAGCCACUUCAGUAGACCAUUGAUCAAUUUCUUGCGCUGCGUCAUCGGGAACGAUUUCUUCAAAAGAAACCCAGAGUAUCUUGUUCCGCACUUUUUCCGAUUCUGCAUGACCUUGAGGCUGUUCUUGCGAAAGUCUGUGAUGUUCUUGUUUCAAAAUUGGCUGGGGAAGACCUAAAGCGAAAGGCAUAUGAUAUGGGUUGCACAGAUGUAUUGGGUCGUAUAUGCCGGCCAUCCCAAUAUGAUAUUCUCUUUGACAAUCUCAUCCCA